AUGAUAAAAAGUAAAAUCACCUUAAACUUAUAGGAUCGAGAUUUGAUUUUUAAAGUACUGUAGAGAGAGACUUAGCUAAGGGAGAUCCAUAUUUUUAAAAAUUAAUUAAUCCAAAUGAACCUGAUAUUACCUUACCAUCAUUUAUUCUUCCUAAUCAUUCUAAUGCUUUAAAUCUUUCAGUUUAAUUAUCUAGAAAAAUUAAUACUGAAAGUUAUUCACCUAAACAUUAAUCAAAAAUAUCAGAUGAGUCUUAUAUGACAAAAUUAAUAUUACCUUAAUUAGACAAUAAAAUACCCUCAAUAUAAGAUAUCUAAAUUAAUACAGUUAAAUCUAAUUAGUUUUAAUAAAUAAGUGAUGAAAAUCUUGGAUUUUAUCAUAACUUUCUUCAAGAUUAAUCAACUGAAUAAUAUCUUGAAAAAUAAUAAAUCUUACGUUAAAGUACCUAUUAAUAGAAUUAAUUUUUCCUCAAUCAAUCACCAAGAAAGCGAAAUUUUUCUUUUUAAAUCAAUUAAAAUCUAAAAAGUUAUUUAGAUGUUACAAAUGAAAAAGAUGACUCAUAUGAAGCUGAUUAAAAUAUAUCAAAUAUACUCAAAAACAAUAUUUCACAAUCUAAAGAAGUUUAAUAAGAUGAAGAUAAACUUACCAAAAAUUCUAACUUAUUAAUAAACGAAACCAUUUAGAAAAUUAAAAGCUAAGAAUAAAUUAACUUCAAAGUUAAAAAAAUUAAAGUAGGGUUUUUAUUAGUUAGGGCAGUAAUUAAGAUGAUCAUAUUAAUUAGGUAUAUAAAUUUAAUUAUAAUAUUUUAGACCAUUAAAAUAAUAAUGGCUUCAAAAAUAAAGAUUAUAUAAUUAGUUAUUUAAACUAUUUAAAUUUAAGGAUAAAUUAAUUCAAAAUAAAAUAAAAUAAUGGACUCAAAUUUCCUUAACUAAAGUAUUUUCUGUUUUAAGAUAUUAAACUUUAAAAUAAUGGAAUUUUAUUGUAUAAUUUAUUUAAUAUUAAAUUAGGAAGAUAAUAUUGAAGAUUUUCAAAAAGAUUUAGCAGUAACAAAUUUCUUAAAUUUAUGUUCUCAUCUAAUCUCUAAUCUUGAAAUAACAACACAACCCAACACUUUCUUACCAGAACUUGGAUAUUAAUUAUAUUUAGAAUAAUUUGUUGAAUAUAGAUAAACCUAUAACUUAUUUGUUUCUAAAAGAACUAACUAUCUAUCAAAUAAAUACUCUAAUAUAACUCCAAAAGAAAAGGCCAUGAUUGCAACAGAGUGUGUGAUUAUGAAUAAUUUUAUACCAAAUUUGGUCUUACUAACUGAAAAUAAGAAAUUUUUCAAUUCAGAUGAUCAAAAUAUUUAAUUUUUAAUUCGUGGAUUUAUAACUAUACUUUAACAAUUAUUUAUUAUAACUUUUAAAGAAAUUCCUGAAAUUUAAAGAUUAAAUUCUUAAUUUUAAUAUUAGUAGAUGUAAAUUGGUAGAAAUAAAUAUGGCAUGAUUUUAGUUCCAAUUAAAACUGAUAUGGAAGAGUUUUAUAAAGGAACUUUUAAAAUUGAUUAGUUAAGAUUGAUAUUUGAAAGGAGAUGUUGGUUUGCAAAUUUAGUAAAAAAAUUUAAAAAAGUAGUUCAAAACAUUUAUCAGCAUAAAAUUUAAGAAUUAUGA